CAGUUUGCAAAAGCCAGAGGUGCAAGGAGCCGCCACUGCAGCAGCAGCAGCAGCAGAAGCAGCAGCAGAAGCAGCAGCAGCAGCAGCAAAGCGUCAGCAGGAACAGCAUCAGCAGCAACAAAAAAUCCUCAUCAAAUCCUCACCUAGGCCCUCAGUGUAUCCAGAUCCACAUCUUCACUCAAGCCGGGAGAGGGAAAGAGGAAAGGGGGGGGAGGAGAGAGAAAAAAAAAAAAAAAAAACCCAGCAACUUAGCGGAAACUUCUCAGAGAAUGCUCCAAAACUCAGCAGUGCUUCUGGUGCUGGUGAUCAGUGCUUCUGCAACCCAUGAGGUGGAGCAGAAUGAUUCUGUGAGCCCCAGGAAAUCCCGGGUGGCAGCUCAGAACUCAGCUGAAGUGGUUCGCUGCCUCAACAGUGCUCUGCAGGUCGGCUGUGGGGCCUUUGCCUGCCUGGAAAACUCCACCUGUGACACAGAUGGGAUGUAUGACAUCUGUAAAUCCUUCUUGUACAGCGCGGCUAAAUUUGACACUCAGGGAAAAGCAUUUGUCAAAGAGAGCUUAAAGUGCAUCGCCAAUGGGGUCACCUCCAAGGUCUUCCUUGCCAUUCGGAGGUGCUCCACUUUCCAGAGGAUGAUUGCUGAGGUGCAAGAGGAAUGCUACAGCAAGCUGAACGUGUGCAGCGUCGCCAAGCGGAACCCCGAAGCCAUCACUGAGGUCGUCCAGCUCCCCAACCACUUCUCCAAUAGAUACUAUAACAGGCUUGUCCGAAGCCUCCUGGAAUGUGAUGAAGACACAGUCAGCACCAUCAGAGACAGCCUGAUGGAGAAAAUUGGGCCCAACAUGGCCAGCCUCUUUCACAUCCUGCAGACAGAUCACUGUGCCCAAACACACCCGCGAGCUGACUUCAACAGGAGGCGCACCAGCGAGCCGCAGAAGCUGAAAGUCCUCCUCCGGAACCUCCGAGAAAAUUGCAUGAAACGAGGCUUCUGUAAUCAAUAUCCCAACAUUCUGCGAUGGCAGCAUUCCCACAGACAGAACAUGUGUGCUCUUUCUGCCUCUCGGCAGGAGAAAGUACCCUCUUUGAUCACGUUCCUUCCCCAGGCCCCCCUCAAACUCCUCUCAAACACAAAGCAUUCAUGUAAGGCCCAGUCAUUGUCAUUGGAAGCUGUGGAGCCCUUUUAGGAUGGUUGCCCCAGUAGAGUUAGCUGAUGAGAAGCGACUUAAUUUAAAUGCAUGUCUGAAAUGCCCAUAAAGGUGUUCAACGGAAUUCGUGUGAUGAAUCUGUGCUGGCCACGGACGAAUAUGAAUGUCGCGUUUGAAUUCUUGAUCUCUCAUGAGCUAGUGUCUUACGGUCUUGACCCUGCCGUGUGUCAUUUCCUUUCCAACACAUUUACCAAAUGGCUCACGCCUGGCUCUUCAACCGGGGUAUGAGCCUGCAUCUUCUUGCAUCUAAUGAAAAACAAAAAGCUAACAUCUUUAUGUACUGUAACUGCUCAGAGCUUUAAAAGUAUCUUUAACAAUUGUCUUAAAAACCAGAGAAUCUUAAGGUCUAACUGUGGAAUAUAAAUAGCUGAAAACUAAUGUACUGUACAUAAAUUCCAGAGGACUCUGCUUAAACAAAGCAGUAUAUAAUAACUUUAUUGCAUAUAGAUUUAGUUUUGUAACUUAGCUUUAUUUUUCUUUUCCUGGGAAUGGAAUAACUAUCUCACUUCCAGAUAUCCACAUAAAUGCUCCUUGUGGCCUUUUUUAUAACUAAGGGGGUAGAAGUAGUUUUAUUCAACAUCAAAACUUAAGAUGGGCCUGUAUGAGAUAGGAAAAACCAACAGGUUUGUCUGAAGGACCCCAGGUAAAAUGUUAAUCUCCCAGCCCACCUCAACCCAGAGGCUACUCUUGACUUUGAUCUCUCCUGAAACGGCUCUGUCACGUCCAGCCGGGAGUUACAGGAACCCAAAAGAGCAUCCCUUUGGGCUCGGACCACUUACAGUUCGAUAAGGCCUUACUCUACCUUGGGAAGUGGCAGUUCCUGACUCACCCGCCAUCUUUCAUCGGUGAAACGAUGAUGGUGUGGGAGACUUUUCCUUAAAUCAGUAGGAACGAGUCAGUCAGCCUUUGGGUCUUCAGUUCCGGGGACUUGGGGCUGAGGUGGUGUAAAGAAUCCUGGGCUGUCCAGCCUUAAUAGACUCCUCUUACAUUUUCGUCCUGUAGCACACUGUCUGCCAAAGUAGUCCUGGCAGCUGGGCCAUCUCUGUAGGAUCGCAAAAAAAAAAAUAAAAUAAAAUAAAAAACAAAAAAAACAAAAAAAAAAAACAACAAAACAACAAAAAAACAAAAACAAAAACAAAAAACAAAAAACAAAAAAAAUGGGGGAAAAAAACAGAAAAAAGAAAAAAAAGAAAAAAAAAAAGAAAGAAAGAGGGAAACAGAGCUGGUGGUUUGAUUAUUUCUGCCGUGAUGUUUACAAGAUGGCAACCACCAAAGCCAAAUGAUUAACCUAUCUAUGAACAACAGUAGUUUCUCAGGGUCACUGUCCUUGAACCCAACAGUCCCUUAAGAGUGUCACUGCCCACCAAAGGUCAAUGUCGAGGGAGGAGGAGGGGGGAGGGGUAGGACUGUAAGGGCCACUCCAAACUCGCUUAGGUAGAAACUAUUGGUGCUUGACUCUCACUAGGUUAAACUCAAGAUUUGACCAAACCGAGUGAUAGGGAUCCUGGUGGGAGGAGGGAGGGCACAUCUCCAGAAAAAAUGAAAAGCAAUACAACUUUACCAUAAAGCCUUUAAAAGCAGUAAUGUGCUGCUCAAGGACCAACAGCAAUCACAGCAGACCCAGCGGCAGCACACACGCUGCUGCCUUUGUCCCCACACAGCCUCUAAGCGUGCUGACAUCAGAUUGUUACGAGCAUUUUUAUACUCAGAACUGUCCCAUCCCCAGGUCCCCAAACAUAUGGACACUGCCUUAGCCUCUUGGAAAUCAGGUAGAUCAUACGCUAAGUUGAUCCUCCCCCCCUCCCCUUCCUAGCCCCCCACCCCCAGGCAAGGCUGACUUCUCGAACCAGAAAAGCUAUUCAAGUUUGUGUGUCGUGUCCAUUUCGCAAACCCACGAAGCCAGGACCCCAAUGCGACAAGUAGUUCACGAGUAUUCCUAGCAAAAUUCUCUCUUACUUCAAUCCAGUAGAAUCUCUUUUUUUGCUAUGACCUCUUCAAACCGUGGUACCCUCCUUUUUCCCCCCACAAUGAUACUUCUAAAUGUAUCUAUAAUACAUAUCUCUACACAUAUGGAAAGAAGCAGUUCUCACGAUGUUGCUAGUUUUUUGCUUCUCUUUUCCCCAUCCCAUCUCACUCCCUCCAACUCCCCCCUAAACUUCCAAAGCUUCGUCUUGUGUUUGCUGCACAGAGUGAUUCGGGGGCUGACCUAGACCAGUUUGCAUGAUUCUUCUAUUGUGAUUUGGUUGCACUUUAGACAUUUUUGUGCCAUUAUAUUUGCAUUAUGUAUUUAUAAUUUAAAUGAUAUUUAGGUUUUUGGCUGAGUACUGGAAUAAACAGUGAGCAUAUCUGGUAUAUGUCAUUAUUUAUUGUUAAAUUACAUUUUUAAGCUCCAUGUGCAUAUAAAGGUUAUGAAACAUAUCAUGGUAAUGACAGAUGCAAGUUAUUUUAUUUGCUUAUUUUUAUAAUUAAAGAUGCCAUAGCAUAAUAUGAAGCCUUUGGUGAAUUCCUUCUAAGAUAAAAAAAAUAAUAAUAAUAAAAAUAAAGUGUUACAUUUUA